UCAAAACCUACCCCUAUCAAACUCUUCAAACCCACCCAACCCACCCAACCCACCGUAGCCCUGUCAAACUCUUCAAAACAAACAUCCCCCGCUCAUAUCCUCAAAUGCUCAAACAAACUCUCCCUAAUCCUACUGUCCCGCAAACUCCCUCAUCGCACCACGGCGUGUUGUCGCACACCAUCGCCGCCUUUUCUCGUUGAAUCCCCGCUCCGACCCGCGCCCCCCCAGUGGGAUUUUCAACGCCUAGUCUUCUAGACCUUCGAAACUAUUUGGGUUUUUCCAGAUCAGUCUCGAUUGACGACUGCGUCGGCGCCGAGUCGGGAAGGACGAGUAAAGCCGAGAGGAGCUCUCAGGGUAGAUUUCGCUCGGUAGAUUGCUUUGAUGAUGGUGUUGAUUGUUUUGGGGGGUGGUUGUUGAUUUUGUUCUUGAUCCUCCACCUAGUGAGGAAAACCCAGCCAUUUUUCAAAGUUAAACCUCUGGUACCGACUAACCUCAGUCCAUUACCCAGAAAAAGAAAAGCAAGCUACUGUUGAGCUAGCUAUAUCCCUAGUUUGGUUAAUUGGUACCCGGAGCUGAAAUUAUGGGUCUUGUUGAACUCAUUUCUGUAACUAGCUAGGCUUGGAUCGUUCAUAGGGGGAAUGGUUAUUUAAUGAGGGUGCGUGGUUUGCUGCCACAUUGCUAGUUUUAUAUUAAAAGCAUGAUUAAUUACCUACUCGACUAGUUCGGCUAUCACCUAUAGGCAGCAGCAGCACUAGUUUGCGGCGAAUCGCACUUCUCUCUUCUCAAAGAAGACAUCCAUUUGUGACAUCGGAAAAACCAGACAGUUCUUCCGGUAUUUCUUCGUUUCCCUAUCUUCUCCUCUAAUUGCUCUCGUAUAUUUUCCCUUUCAAUCUCAGUAGAGCACCUCUUUGGUUUUUGCUUUUAUUUUUGGCAGCAAAUGAAGCGAUCAUUAAUCAAUCCAAUUACCCAAAUUCUUCCAACACCAACAAACUCCUUAUUAAAUUCUAAACCAAUCCUCAGUCCCAUUUUCACAUCAAAGUUCUCGUUUUCUUCGUGGUCACCAUCAUCAAAUUCAUCUCUUCAAACCCAAACAACUUCUCUGACCAAAUCAAUCUCAAACCCACUUUACAGUUUCCUCCCUCCCACCCAAAACCCUAACAACAUAGUUGAUCUCAUUUCCUCAAAUCUUAAACAGCAUAAUACCCAUAUUUCUAUUGCCCACAAUGAUUUACAGGGGCUUGUUCCUCACCUGGGUCCCAAUGAAAUCUCAAGGGUUUUAUUGAGAUGCCAAUCUGAUUCUUCAGCAGCUCUCACUUUCUUCAACUGGGUGAAAAAUGACCUGGGUCUUGAACCCUCGACCCGUCAUUACUGUAUUAUUGUUCACAUUUUGGCAUGGUCUCUGAACUUUUCGAAGGCAAUGACGCUGUUGUCUGAGUUAGUUGAGUUGAAUAGAGGGCUUGAUGUUGAUGUUUUUCGAAGCUUGGUUGUGUGUGUGGAUGAGUGCAAUUGGGUCCCGGUCACCUUUGAUAUGCUUGUUAAGGCUUAUGUGAAAGCGGGUAUGGUUCAAGAAGGUUUGAAAGCUUUUCGGGAGAUGGUGAAGCUUGGAUUUGUUCCUAAUGUAGUUGCUUUGAAUCGUCUUUUGGAUGGACUGUUGAAGUCGAAUUGUACUGAUGAGUGUUGGGAGAUCUAUGAGGAAAUGGGGAGAAUUGGGAUACACCCGAAUACACAUACUUUUAAUAUAUUGACUCAUGUCUUCUGUAAAGGUGGAGAUGUGGACAAGGUGAAUGAUUUCUUGGAGAAGAUUGAAGAAGAAGGGUUUGAUCCUGAUAUUGUGACGUAUAAUACGUUGAUUGAUAGUUAUUGUAAGAAGGGAAGGUUGAAAGACGCGUUUUAUUUGUAUAAGAUUAUGUAUAGAAGGGGUGUGUUGCCGGAUCUGGUUUCGUAUACUGCCUUGAUGAAUGGACUUUGUAAAGAAGGCAAAGUGAGACAGGCUCAUCAGUUGUUACAUAGGAUGGUUCAUAGAGGAUUGACUCCAGAUUUAAUGACAUAUAAUACUCUUAUAUGUGGUUAUAGCAAGGAGGGAAUGAUGCACGAAUCUAGGUCAUUGUUGCUUGAAAUGGUUGGAAACAGGAUUUGCCCCGACGAUUUUACCAGUUGGAUUCUCGUAGAAGGAUAUGCAAAAGAGGGUAGGUUGCUUUCUGCUCUGAAUGUGAUUGUGGAACUUCAAAGAUUUGGGGUUUCAGUCUGUCGAGAUAUUUUUGAUUACCUAAUUGUUGCUUUGUGUAAGGAGAAUCGGCCGUAUGCGGCGAAGGAACUUCUGGAGAGAAUGUCUCAAUCUGGUCAUGAGCCUAAAGACGAAAUCUACAAUGAGUUGAUCUAUUCUCUAUGCAUGUGCAAUUUUGUUGAGGAGGCUUUACUAUUGAAAGCUGAGAUGGUUUGUAAGGAUAUGAAACCAAACUUAAUUGCAUAUAAAGCUCUUAUAAGCUGCUUGUGUAGAUCAGAUAGAAGUGUGGAGGGUGAGUUGUUAAUGAGUGAAAUGGUUGACUGUGGAAUGAAUCCAGAUAUUCAAAUUUGCAGAGUUUUGGUAUAUGGGUUGUGCAAGGAAAGGAAACUCGAUAAAGCAGAAUCUCUAGUUGGUUUAAUUGCCAAGGAAUUUCAAAUUUAUGACACAGAAUGUUGUAAUGCGCUCCUCAAGGUUUUGUGUGAGGCCGGUGAUGUUGGUAAGUUGAUGGAGCUUCAGGAUAGGAUGCUGAAAGUAGGCUUUACCCCCAACAGCCAGACGUUCAAAUAUGUGAUACAUGGAUUCUGUAAAUCUAAGACAUCAGAAAAGUGCAUGAUUCAUGGGGAAUGAAGAGAAGAAGGGAACAAGGAUCAGAAGUUUGUUUCGGUUAUGUUGUUUUGGUCGUUAAGAAAAGAAAAUGUUUCGUACACAUAUUGGAAAUGUUUUGAGAUCACUCCAAAUACGUAAGUUGCUGUUUUAAAAGGAAUACUUCUCGGGUUAAGGUAAACUUUUGGCCAUUGAGCUAGAAGAUGAAGAGUCCAGUGACUCCGAACAUUUCCAACUCAUUUGUCUUUCACAACACAUUGUUGAGCUGAGAUGGCAUUUGCAAAUGGUUAAUGCGGGCAACCCCCGGGGAUUGCGGCAGUUGUAGUGACCCGGCAACCGGGGCCUCAAGAGGCCUUGGGCCGAGGGUUCGACUCCCACCCGCAUGCUAUGUGGUCAUGGUCCUAUUUAAUACAAGGAUUUUAUAUAGAGGUCAAGUAUACCAAACUUUUGCUAAGUUACAUUAUAUGUAGGGCUUAAUAUUUUUCCUUUGAUUCUUCACUUUCAUAUUUUCCAGGAUCAACCUUCACUAUCAAGUUGUUUCUGUUUGAAUUUUGGUUCUAAUGAUGGAACCAGUAUCAACAAUAUGCACAAUGUGCCAAAGAUGUGAGCUUCUCAGCUGAGAGAAUAUGCUCUGUGGAUUGUAGAAAGACGAAAGUCUUCGCUACCUAUCUCUCAGUCUCAAGAGAUCUUCCUUGCAGCUAAAACUUUUGGGGAUGCUUCCUUCACUUGCUUCACAUCCUCUGAUGAUACCGCUCAUAGUUCAGACUAUUUUGCCCAUGCUUCAAAAGGAUGCAAAACCGUUGCAUCUUGUAGCAGAAGCACCCUUGUAAAAGGAGCUUGUGGAGUUGGAUUGGGCUUUUCAUGUCAGGAUCUUCUUACCAGGUUUGAAGCUUCUGACAACUCCAACUUGGGAAAAGAAACGUGCAAGAUCCAAGAAGUAGAAAUACUAGGAAGAAUUGUCAGGGUCUUAUCUCAGAUAAUGUGCAAGUUAUCUCCAUCUUUGGUUGAUCUUUUAGAAAGUGUAUCUGUUUGUUUCCCACUGGCUACAGAUGAUACUGAUCCAUAUUUAACAGCUGAAUCGCUGGAUGAUAACUGUAGUGGUUUAGAGGAAGAUAUAUGGGGUAUUGCAGGGCUUGUCCUUGGUCUGGGGAGUUCUAUUGGUGCUAUAUACAGGUCUGGGGCUCAUCAUGUUCAUAAGAUUAAAGCCUUCAUCAUAUCAUGGAUUUCGAAUUCUAAUCCUUUA